AUAAUUUGUGGUAGCUAACUAAGUUACAGCCCAUUUCUGUUGUCUGCAUUUUCCUCCCAAGCAGGGAUUGCUAAACCGCAUUUUCUCGACUUAUAAUAAGUCUUUAGUCCUGUUUUUUUUUAGUCGUUUAAGUAAUGUAGAAUGGCGUCGGGUUUUGGGAAGAUUGUCGUCGGUACUUAUGUGGAGAUAAAGCGCAGCGAUGCUCCCGGUGCAUCUCUGAAUAAUGGAUACGGGAAUAUGGUGUUUCCCUGAAUUGUGCUGGGAAUUCACAGCAUACAGCCACAUCCACAUAGACAAAGAUGGGAGGUCUGAGCAGGCGCUUUACAGCUGGUAUUAUUACGGUGCAAAGAGAGAGAGAGGCAGAGGAAAGCAUGCAGGCAAGCAGCAGCUGUGCUUGUCUCUUCUAUCAGUGAUUCUCUGUAACAGGGCGUAUCCACCAAGCGAUGGUGACCUCACUGAAUGAGGACAACGAAAGCGUCACAGUGGAGUGGAUAGAAAAUGGAGACACAAAAGGGAAAGAGAUUGACUUGGAGAGUAUAUUUGCACUUAAUCCAGAUGUGGCUCCAGAUGAGGAGAUUGCUCCUAGUCCAGAGACUCCACCCCCACCCACACCGGCAGGUGUGAAGGUCAACAAAAUCGCAAAGAACCGUCGGACGAUGGCACCUACUAAGAAUGAUACUCCAUCCAGGGACAACAGAGUGAUACCAACUCGUGCCAGACCCCCACAGCCCCAGCAACCAGAGCCAGCACCACCGCCUCCAUCCCUACAGCCUGCACCACCCACUCAAGCUCAAACACAACAGCAGCUUCAGAAUGAAUCCUCACAGCAUCUGAUAUCCAGAAAGGACUCUGGACAGCUUUCAAGGAGGAAGUCGAACUGUGUGAAGGAGGUGGAGAAACUGCAGGAGAAGAGAGAGAGGCGUCGACUGCAGCAACAGGAGCUCAGGGAGAAGAGAGCUCAGGAGGUGGACACCACCAUCCCUAACUAUGAGAUCAUGCAGAUGAUCCGAGAAUUCCGAGCCAGUCUAGACUACUGGCCCCUGACCACAGCAGAUCUGAUUGAAGAGCACAGAAUAUGUGUUUGUGUGAGGAAACGUCCACUCAACAAGAAAGAGUUGGCUAUGAAAGAUUUGGAUGUCAUCACCAUCCCCAGUAAAGAUGUGGUGAUGGUUCAUGAACCUAAACAAAAAGUGGACCUCACCCGCUACCUGGAAAACCAGACCUUCCGCUUUGACUACGCAUUUGAUGACAGCACCACCAAUGAGAUGGUUUACAGGUUCACUGCCAGACCUCUAGUGGAGACCAUUUUUGAGAGGGGCAUGGCCACCUGCUUCGCAUAUGGGCAAACAGGGAGUGGAAAAACACAUACCAUGGGUGGAGAUUUUUCUGGAAAGAACCAAGACUGCUCAAAAGGAAUUUAUGUGUUAUCUGCUCGGGAUGUAUUUCUCAUGUUGAAGAAACCCAACUACAAGAAGUUAGAUCUACAAGUGUACUCGACCUUCUUUGAAAUCUACAGUGGAAAGGUGUUUGACCUGCUGAAUCGUAAAGCUAAGCUGAGAGUGCUGGAGGACGGGAAACAGCAAGUGCAGGUUGUGGGACUUCAGGAGAAGGAGGUCAAGUGCACAGAGGAUGUCCUGAAACUCAUAGAAGUGGGCAACAGCUGCAGAACAUCAGGGCAGACGUCAGCCAAUGCUCACUCAUCUCGCAGCCACGCUGUCUUCCAGAUCAUUCUUCGGAGGAAGGGAAAGAUGCACGGGAAGUUCUCCCUCAUCGACCUCGCGGGGAAUGAAAGGGGAGCUGAUACAUCGAGUGCCGACCGCCAGACUCGUCUGGAGGGAGCAGAAAUCAACAAAAGCCUGCUGGCCCUGAAGGAGUGCAUCAGGGCUCUUGGCCGUAACAAGCCUCACACUCCAUUCCGAGCCAGUAAGCUCACCCAAGUCCUGAGAGACUCCUUUAUUGGGGAAAAUUCACGCACAUGCAUGAUUGCAACAAUCUCUCCUGGUAUGACAUCCUGUGAGAAUACACUGAACACACUACGCUACGCCAACAGAGUGAAGGAGUUUGGGAUUAGUCCGUCAGACAUCCCCUUCUCCCAGGGCGGUCAGGGGAGCCGCCCUGACCACUCGCCCACCAAUACCUUUGAGUACGAUGACUUUGCUGCUACCUCUCCCAGCAGGGUGAAGGAACUGACAGUGGACCCCAACCAAGUAAUGGAGGGGGGACGAGCCAACAUCCAUGCUGUCAACCAGCUGAAUCUUUUGGACGAGGAGUGGCUGAGUAUGUCACCACAGAGAGAUGACCUUAAACUGCUCUGUGAGCAGAAUGAGGAGGAAGUGUCUCCCCAGCUUUUCACCUUCCACGAGGCAGUGUCUCAGUUAGUGGAGAUGGAGGAGCAGGUCCUUGAGGACCACCGAGCUGUUUUCCAGGAGUCUAUCCGGUGGCUGGAAGAUGAAAAAGUGCUGCUGGAGAUGACAGAGGAGGUGGAUUAUGAUGUGGAGUCAUAUGCGACUCAACUGGAGCAGAUCCUAGAUCAAAAGAUAGAAAUCCUCACUGAGCUCCGAGAUAAAGUGAAGUCAUUCCGCUCUACGCUCCAGGAGGAGGAACAAGCCAGUAAGCAGAUCAAUCCCAACAGGCCACGUGCUCUUUAGAAACCAGAGGCUGAAGUAGUUUAGGUGGCACCUAGAGGUACAUAACCACUAGAUGUUGGGCGCAACUCGGGUUGUCACUAGGACCUGUGAAAACACAAAAGGACUGUCUGCUGUACCAACAGGCUCGAGGAAUUGUAUUUGUUAUGAUCCCUCUCCUAACAAAACUGACUGUUCACUCACUACGGUGUUGUUAGAAAACUUAGGAAGGAGAAUAGUUUUAUUUCCUUCCAUUUUUUUUUUUUUUUUUUUUUUUCCCCAGAAAAUGUUUAGUUUCCCCAUUCGUCUUAAAUUAUUUUCUUUUAUACAGUACUUGUUUGAACUGAAGAUUGUUGAGACCUAGUUUAUAAAGACAUCUUCACUGAACACGGUUAAAGUUUACCACACAAAACCAGUAUUGAAUUUCCACUCUGGCUGACACGUCUGCAUGUGCACUCUGAUAGAGUACAUUAGCCACGGUCCUCAGUUGUCAUGCUUUUAGGUUCUCAGUUGGUGCUGUGAAGCCAUUUCUCAUCAGGUCAUCUCAUUCCUUCUUAAAGACUUUACUGGUUUGGAAGAACAUUUCAGUUGUGCUUCUUCCUUUGUGUUACUUUCUUUGCAUCCCUGAGAAGUUUUAACAUGUAGUAUACUUCAGUUUGUGCUGGGUUACUCCAUGUUGCAAGUGAUUUAAAAAAAUAACUAAUGCAAGAUGUGUUCUCUGCCCCCAUUUAACACUUUGAUAUAAAAAUGAAACUAGAAAAAUCUGCUAUUAAUAAAUGUAUAGUGAAUACCACUGACCUACCAUUGGUUAUCUUGUUCAGUGUUUGCACCAGAUGUAAUGCUGGAUGAAGUAAUAAAGAUUAAUGUGUUUCAUUGGAAUAUGGUACAAUUAUCCAGAUUACUGGACUGAGUAACUUUCUUCAAAAACCACUUUACCACCUCUGAGUGUUAUAAA